AUGAUUUCUCAACUUACAACAAGUUUUCUACUAUGGAUGUUCUUAGUAUUGACGGUCGUUUUUCUUGAAACUUCAGCAUCCUCUGACAAAGUUCUUCUCCGAGAUGUAUCAGCAAUAACUCUUAACAAAGGACAAAUGACAACGGGACGACGUGUUGCACCUACACUCCAGUUGAAGUGUGUUGGAGGAUCGGCGAAAGGAGCAUUCACACCAAAAGUUGUACAAUGCUCUAAUCAAGGUUUCGACGGAUCAGAUGUUCAAUGGAAAUGUGAUGCCGAAUUGCCUCAUGAUAUGGAGUUCGGUUCGUUGAGCGUUUCAUGCGAGGGAUACGACUAUUCUGAUGAUCCAUACAUUUUGAGAGGAUCAUGUGGUCUUGAGUAUGAGUUAGAGUACAAUUCUGGCAGUGGAAAUCGUUCUGUAUCUCGAAAAUCUUCUGAAGAUCGAUGGGAUCAAUUUGCUACAUUCGUUGUUGUCGCUUUCAUUGCUUACAUAAUUUAUGUAAUGUGGACGAAUAGAUACAGAAGCCCAGAAAAUUCUGGUUAUCAAUCAGGAGCUGGAGGCUCGGGAGGUCCAGGAGGACCAGGUUCUGGUGGAGGUGGUGGUCCAGGUGGCUACCCAAGUGCUCCACCACCAUAUGACGACAACUAUGGAAAACCGCCACCAUAUGGGUUUCGCGGUGACUCGCAAUCCGGAGGAGGAUGCCAGGGCAGUUCUAGUGGAGGAGCAAGUGGAAGCGGCAGAAGUGGCGAGGGAGGAUCAUUUUGGACUGGUGCUAGUUUAGGAGCGAUCGGAGGAUAUUUGGCAUCAAGUUUUUUGAAUAACAACAACGCUUAUGCCCGUCCACGCUACAAUAGAGGAUUUUUCCAAGAUACGGGUUUCUCGAGCUCUGAUUCAUGGGCUUCACCUUCGACAUCGUCCACCCGCUCAAGUUCUGGAUACGGUGGAACCACGAGACGCUAG